CGGGGGGCGGGCCCGGAGGGGCGGCGGGUCAAGUUGCUGUGGCGGGUAGGGCUGCGGAAAACAAGAGGCUCUAAGUGCGCCGCCGGGCAGGCAGUCCGCAGCGAGCCGCGCAGCCAGCAGCGCCCCGCAGCCGCCCCGCCCCGCCCAGCCAGGGACCCGCCGCCGACCUCGCCAUGGGCAAAGGCGACCCCAACAAGCCGCGGGGCAAGAUGUCCUCGUACGCCUACUUCGUGCAGACGUGCCGCGAGGAGCACAAGAAGAAGCACCCGGACUCGUCCGUCAACUUCGCCGAGUUCUCGCGCAAGUGCUCCGAGCGGUGGAAGACGAUGUCCAGCAAGGAAAAAGGGAAGUUCGAGGAAAUGGCCAAGGGAGACAAAGCUCGUUACGACAGGGAGAUGAAGAACUACGUCCCUCCCAAAGGAGAGAAGAAGGGGAAGAAGAAGGACCCCAACGCUCCGAAGAGACCACCAUCUGCAUUCUUCCUCUUCUGUUCUGAACACCGUCCAAAAAUCAAAAAUGAGCAUCCCGGCUUGUCUAUUGGAGAUACAGCAAAGAAGUUAGGUGAAAUGUGGUCUGAACAGUCGGCCAAAGAUAAACAACCAUACGAACAGAAGGCUGCAAAACUAAAGGAGAAAUAUGAAAAGGAUAUUGCAGCAUAUCGUGCCAAGAGCAAGAGUGAUGCAGGAAAAAAGGGGCCAGGUAGGCCUGCAGGAUCUAAGAAGAAAGCAGAGCCCGAAGAGGAGGAGGAGGAGGAAGAAGAUGAGGAAGAGGAGGAGGAAGAGGAGGAUGAGGAGUAAAUGAAUGUCCUGCUGUAAAGAUUUACGCUCAAAAUCCAAUAUUUUGCUAAGAAUGUGAACUCAAGUGCAGCUCAUUGUUAGCUUCAGUAUAAAAAUCUGUACAGAAUUGUGUAUAGGUAAUGUGGUUCUUUGUAGGGAGACCUCUAUUUUUAAUGUAAGUAGUACGCCGAGGGGCUGCUACAGUUCGGUUAAAAAAAAGAAGAAAAAGUUGUGGAAUGUUUCUGCAUAUUUAAUGGUUUUGUUGAAAUUCAGUGACUGAUAGCCAGGUGUUUCUUUUUUUUAGCUAAGUAAAAUAAAGGAGGUAGCUUAAUAGCUGAUCUUAUAUUUUGUAGUAUAUUGCAUUGUAUUACUUUUUUUAACAAUUUUGUAAUAAAAUGUUGUACAUGA